CCCACCAUUUGUUCCACCGGAAGGGCGGAGGGGGGCACGACCUGGUUUGGAGCUCUGUUGCUUGACCUGCACAUACACGGAGAACCCCUUCAGUGCAUGGUCUAUAGUCACAGGUAGCACACCUAUUUAUCUUCUGGUAUAUACACUGGUCCUGGUCAACGGAUACACGGAACAAAAAUCAGAGCAGAAUCUCCAAUCAUGGCUUUGAGCGCUGCAGAGCUGCAAAAGCGGCACGGGCUCGAAGGAGCUCCCGAUCCGUUCCCAAGUCUCGGCGGAGGGGGGUCCGGUGGAUCUUCAGCCCCAUCUCAAUCGUCAGCUUCUAAAGUCAACGGAACAUCUUCUUCUUCGUCGAACACGGUAGACACUUCGUCUCAAGAUGCUUUCCCAUCUCUCGGGGCAUCCUCAGCGGCACCUACAACUCUAUCUAAACCUGCUUCGUCCAUGUGGGCAGCCAAGCCUUCAGCUGUCAAAGCAGGCAAGUCCAAGCCCGUAGCUCCCGGUGGUUUAGGUCGAUCUGGAGCACCUACAGUCGGUUCUCACCCUGUCAGCGAUUCAUUCUCUAUGCCCGCCAAUGAGAUUGACACGAAAGCGCUUGGAGAAGUGUUGAAAAAGGUCACUGAACAGACGGGUGCCAUUGUGGAAUCAUCGACUCAGAUGCGAACGGGUCUCAAGACGUUUUUGAUCAAGGCUGCUGAUCAAAAGCGAUUGGCGUACGCUAGGAAAUUGAUCGAAAGAGGUCUAUCUAAAAACGUGACGAUCAAGGUCGAAGUCCCCAUCACGACGCUCGGAACGAUCAUCGGACCCAAAGGAGCUACAUUGAAAUCUAUCACCGAUUCCACAGGUUGCAAGAUUGAUAUUCCUCGACGAGACACUCUGCCUUCAUACGAUCCUAAAGAAAGACGAGAUGCCGGACCCGAUGGUGAUGAGGACGAGGAGGACCAGGACGAUGAGGAUGAUGAACCUCUGGUCGAAAUCUCCGUCUCUGGUCCUUCAGUCGCUUGUCAAGAUGCCAAAUCUAAACUGGUCGCUUUGAUCGCUGGUAAAACAUCUCAAUCAUCUUCAUCUAUCAAGACAAUUCCUUCCUCUUUCUACCCCUUCAUCGCCGGUCCCAAGGGUGCCAAGGCCAGACAAUUGGAAGAGGAACUAGGUCAAGGCAAAGUAAAGGUUCACAUCCCUCCUCCAGCCGUUUGGAAAGCUUUGGAGAGACAAGGCGACGAAGAAGGUGGUGCAGCCACGAGUGACCGUGACUUGUCUAUCAAGGUCAAAGGUGACAAAGAACGGGUCAAAGCUGUUGUGGCCGAAAUCCAGAGGCAAUUUGAUGAACUUAACAACUCGUUGCGCGACAUCAAGUUGUCGAUCCCUAAACGUCAGCACCGAUUCCUCGUUGGAUCCGCGGCCGAUGACAUCCUCUCGCAGACUGGCUGUAUUGUCGAAUUACCUCCCGUUGAAGACCCUUCGGACCUUUGUCGAAUUCUCGGCGCUCAAGCCAACCUCGUUCCUGCCCUCACCCUCGUCAUGGACAAGGCCAACGCUGUGGCCGUUGAGACAGUCGACGUGGUCUCCAUUCACCGUCAGGGUGUUUCGGACCCACUUGCACAUGCUCAAAAAGUCUUGCGAUAUCUGCAAAAGAGCUCCAAGCUCAGGUCUAUCGCUGACGCUCAUUCCGGUGUCAAAGUUUUCCCGCCUUUCGCCAGUGUCGUGGCGUCCAGUGGAAACGUCGUGAUUGAGAUUGUGGGCGAAGACAAGGAUGCAGUCGCAGCUGCUCGAGAAUCCAUCGUAUCGACUGUACGAGGUAUCCCUCCAGCCGCUAUCACCACGCUUGAGAUCGAUCCAUUGGUUCACCCUGUUCUCAUCGGCAAAAAGGGAACCAAGAUCUCCUCUUUCGAAUCGACUCAUGGUGUCGCGACGGUUUUCCCACCUGUUGCCGACGACUCGUCAGAAGUCUUGUUGGUCUUCGCGGGCUCAUUGGACUCGCUGCCCAGCGACAAGAAGGCUAGGGAUGCCAAGCUUAAGGAACAUCUGACCAAGGCUCGCUCAGCACUGGAUGACCUUGGCAAAGACGCGGCCGAUCUAAAGACUGAGACACUCACUGUCGACAAAAAAUGGCACCGAUUCAUUAUUGGACAGGGAGGUACCGUUCUCAACGCUCUCAUAGGCGAGGACGGUCUUGUAGCUGUCAAGGUUGGAUCUAAAUCUGGUUCUACAUCGACAAGCGAAGAUGACAUUGUGACCGUUCGAGGUCCUUCCAACGAGGUCGACAGAGUCGUCUCUCAGAUCAAGCAGAUUGUCGAAGAUGCCAAGAAUGACGACAUUAUCAAUGGAUACACGGUUGAAUUCCCAGUCGACAAGAAACACGUUCCUCAUCUUGUCGGCUCUGCAGGUGCUUCUAUCAACAGGUUGCGGGAUACGCUCGGAGUCAGAGUCAAUUUCGAUGAUGAUGCAGACAAGAAGAAGCCAAAGGCCACUUGCAAGAUCGUCGGCCGAAAGGAAGCUGUCGAAGAAGCCAGGCGACGACUGGAAGCCCAGAUCGAGAAGCUUGCAGAUGAGACUACCGAGACGCUCAACAUCAAACGUGCUAUCCAGCCUGCGUUGAUUGGCGCCGGAGGUAAAUACGCUAUUCGACUCGAGGAGAAGUAUGGUGUCAAACUUUCCUUCCCAAGAGACAACAAGGACGGUACGGCACCCACGAAGCCUGAUGAGGUUACUAUCCGAGGUGGUCGAAAAGGUGUCGCUGCAGCAAAGGCUGAACUCCUCGAAGCCGCUGCCUUCGAGAGUGAAUCGAGGCAGAGUCUCGAGUUCACCGUCCCGUCCAAGAGUGUUGCUCAGAUUGUCGGUAAAUCCGGAGCCACGAUCAAUGCGAUCAAGGAUGAGACGGGAACCAUGAUUGACAUUGAUAAAUCUGAAGCUGAGGGCAAGACGACCACCAUCACUGUGAAGGGAGACAAGAAGGGUAUUGCUGCCGCCAAGGCUGCCAUCCUCGCAGUCGUCGAUCAAGUCAAGGACGUCGUGACUGUGACCAUGACUAUUGACCCGAAAUUCCACCGCUCGUUGAUCGGACAGGGAGGUCAGAAACUUCGUGAUCUUGUUGCUUCUGUUGGCGGACCUACCGAGGGAUACAAUCAAGCUGGUUUGAUCACUUUCCCCAAGCAAGGCGAUGAAGCUACGGAUCAGGUCAGACUCCGAGGAGACUCCAAGCUCGUCAAUGCGAUCAAAGCGGAACUCGAGAAGCAGGUCAAGGUAUUGAAGGAAACGAUCGUUGUCGGUGUUGUCGUGCCUUCGUCACACCACGCCACGAAGAUUGGGCGUGGUGGCAGUGCGUUACAGGAUCUGCAGAGGAAGACGGGAACCACCAUCCACUUCCCUGGAUCUCGACAAUACUCCUCGGUUGGAGAACCUGAAAACGCGUCAGAACUUGGAGAUGCUCCUUCGACGGACAUUGUCAAGGUCAUCGGUCGAAAGGAGGAUUGUGCCAAGGCCGCGGAGCAGUUACAAACCGUCACUGAGCGACCUCAACGCAAAGAUGCCGGUGCUUCCUCUGACCUACCCUCCCGCACCAUGUCCAUCCCCAGCAAGUACUACCACGCCAUUGCCGGCGAUCAGUCCCUCUUGCGAAAUGUCCGAUCAGCAGGUGGAUCCUUGGCCAUGCCUCAAGGUGCACCUGUCAAGCCUACUAUCCCUCGACCAGCCGCGAGUAACGGAUCGACGUCUCUCGCAGCUAAAGCCGCUCGAAUCGAUCUGGACGCGGGCGAUGCGGCGGCCGGCGAUGAUUUAGUCGAAGAGGGAGAUUGGGAGGUGAUUGAAAAUUACCAAAAUGCACCAGAAGGCGAACUCGAGUGGACCAUCCGAGCAAGGGAAGAAAACUUGGACAAGGUCCAAAAGGUCCUGGAGGACGCUCUGGAACACGCGAAGAACGCGACUCACAUUGGUCUUUGGACUGGUCUUCCUCGAUCUGCUUUCCCCAGAAUUAUCGGCUCAAAGGGAGCCACUAUCUCCAGGCUGAGAGCUGAAACCGGGGCCGAUAUCCAGGUCGGUAAGGAUGAUGACUUGAUCACUAUCACCGGAGACGAGCAGUCAGUUCUUCAGGCCAAGGAUGCCAUCAGCGCGAUCGUUUCUAGACCUGCGAAGUACUGAUUUGGAGACAAGGCUGAGAUCAACCUCAAUUAAAUCACAUCAUGCAUAUUUUUUGUCUGAAUUACACCGAUUGUUCACA